AGGAUUUCACUAACGCGCGCAAUGCAUCGCUAACCCUGCGCAGGGGCUUGAACCCAUCGCAACCUCACCGAACCCAUCGCACAUGGACGAUGAGUUGCUUAUGGAUUUCACUAAGCGCCUGCGACGGGUUAACCCGUCGCUAACUCAUCGCAGCUUAGCGGAUGCUCAAAGGGUGCUCGCAGAGCUGCGAUGAGUUCAAAAACGUAACUUCCUGUCUCAAGGUCAAAUACUGGCGCGAAAACUUUUAUAAGUUUUUGUACACCGGUACGGUGUAUGGAGGAUUUCGGUUGUUUUGCAAGGUAUUUUAAUCAUGGCUCGCCUUCUUUACAUAAAUAACGCGAGAGCACUUAAUAGAGAGCGUGUUUUUAGGGAUAGGACUAAUCCAUUGGAUACAUUAAACGAUAAAAAGAUGCACAAAUAUUAUAGGUUUACGCGACAGGGUGUGAUGAGAGUUAUUGACUUGUUGGAGGACAGAAUUGCGCCGUUGACUCAGAGGAGUCAUUCUAUUGAUGCGAGGUUGCAGAUUUUCGUUGCUUUAAACUUUUACGCAACCUCAGAUUUUUAUUCCAGUGUACUGAAAGAUCAUGGUGUUUCAAUUUCAACUGUUUGUAGAAUAAUUAAUCGUGUGACAGAGGUGCUUGCUAGUUUGAAAGAACAGGUAGUAACAUGGAGGCCGGCGGGUGAGAAGCAAAUGGAAUUUUUGGAGUUGAGUGGCUUCCCGAUGGUCGUCGGAGCCAUCGACUGUACUCAUGUAUGGCUUGACGGCAGUCCACUAAAGACAACCGAAUAUGCGUACGUCAAUAGGAAGGGGUGGCAUAGCAUCAAUGUGCAAUUUGUCACCGAUGCAAAUUACAAUAUAAUCAAUGUCUGUGCCCGCUGGCCAGGGUCUGUCCAUGACUGCAGAGUAUUGGAGAAUUCCUAUGUUGGGCAGGAUUUCCAGCGUGGAGAAUUGGAGGGAGUUCUCCUCGGUGACUCGGGCUACCCCCAACGAUCAUGGCUCAUGACCCCUUUCCGCAACCCCCAAACACAUGCUGAACGUACCUACAAUAGGGCUCACAUGAGAGGACGAGUAGUUGUUGAACAGACUAAUGGACAGAUCAAGAAGAAAUUCCCUUGUCUGAGAAGAGGCCUAAGAGUAAAACCAAAGAAGGCAUGCCAGAUCAUCAUUGCGUGCACCGUGUUGUACCGGUUAUCAAAGGACUGGAAAGAACCCUAUCUUGGACGAGACCAUGAGCUUCCUGAUGUUGGUGUUGAUGACUUUGAUGGCCCUGUCAACAAUGAGGGAUAUGCAGCACGAGCCCAACUGGUUGCCAGAUGCUUUACUUGAAAUCUGCUAUAUCCAGAGACAUUGCUUUUCUAUUUUUAAAGUACUUAGAAAUGCAUUGCUUAUUGAUGAUGGUAUAUGACCCAGAGUCUACAUAUUGAACAUAUCCAUGUACAUUAUUAUUUUGAUUUACUUGAACAUUGAAGGUGGCAAUGGGAUUUGUAUGUAAACUGUUUGUAUUUUAUAUACUGUAAAUAUUAUCUUCAAAGGUUCAAUGAAAAAAGGGUAAUACAUGUUUGUAUAAUGAAUAUGAACAUGUUAUGAAGAUAUAAUGUUAAACCAUAUUAAACUUGAAAAUAAGAGAUUUUAAGUUUUAAGAUUUAAGUAUUAUUCCAAAUUAAGGAGAUACUAAACACACAAUAAAAUGGGUUCAAAAUGUUGAACAUUCUUUAUUUAUAUAUAUUUGCAGAUUUCUUUCGUAUAAACACUUUGAGCAUGUGAUACAUUAAUGCCUGUGUCACCCUGUAAUAUACACAGAAUGUAGCAGGACAGAACACUUUAAUUAUAAUGUCUACUGCUCAGCAUGCGUUUGGAUAUCUGCAGCUGUAGAUUGGGGAGUGGCAGUCAAUAUCUGCAGGCACCCAUGAAUUCCUUGAAGGGUAGUGAGAAUCCCUUCAAGAACCUUGACCUUUCUAUGCUCGUUUGCAGCCAUAGUUUUGUUGAGGGAAAGUAAGUUGACCUCAUCUGUCUCUUUUUUCGCAGCUUUCUUCCCCUUCUUCCUCUUUCUCUUUCCUUCCUGCUGAGAUUCCUGAGACUAAAAUUAAGAUAUAAGAUAAACAAGAUUAAUAACGGUAUUAAUAAAUUAUAGAUUUUCUGUUGGAAAAAUAGAAGAAAUUGAAGAAGCAAGAUUUAAGUGUACAUAAGGGGAGGUAAAAAACAAUUGUUCUAUGUAAAUAAAGGACAUAUGAAAGUGCACUGCGGCUCAGUGUUAUGAAUGUGGCCUCGUUUCCAGUAAUGAUGACUGCCUCUUGUUUCAAGUUACAUGAACCCUUUGCUACUAAUAUCACUUUGUUUUUUUGAUAAUCUAUACAUGUAAGUAAUACCUUAACCUGUAGACACGAUCAUUUAAGUUCCAAAUUGUUAUCCAAAAUAUGUAUCUAACUAUCUACUAUAUAUAGAUUUGAGAUGAACCUCCUUUUCUCAUUCUUCAUUUUGACUUGGUGCUAGCCUGAAGACUUGAAUACCAGCUAUACUGAUUUACUUGUAUAUAUAUCGGAUUUUACUAGCAUGCAUAUAUUUUCUGUGAAAGUAAAUAUGAACUUGAAAUUUACACUUA